AUGAAAGAAAAAAGCUAUAUGAUGAUUGUUGUUAUUUCCCAAGCUUCCAAGCCUCAAUUUCAUGAGCCAUCCCCAAUGAAAUCUGAAAUCGAUCCUUCGAAGGCCGAUGCCUUUACACAUGCUCUCGCUGGAGGGGCUGGAGGAGCUCUCUCGAUGGCACUGACAUAUCCGCUGGUCGCGAUCACCACCCGGCUUCAGACGCAGACGAAAAGCUCGGAGACGGACAAGCUUACCGUAGCCGAGACUAUAAGGGAAAUUUACGAGAAGAACGGAAUUCUAGGCUUUUUUGCGGGGCUUGAGAGCGCCGUUUUGGGGAUGACCCUGUCGAAUUUUGUUUACUACUACUGCUACGAGGCGUCUUCUAGGUGUCUAAUGAGAGCCAGAAGGACACAGAGACUCAGUACCGCUGAGUCGAUGUUGGUUGGGAGUAUCGCAGGCUCUGUGAAUGCAGUCAUAGCCAACCCGCUGUGGGUUGCCAACACUAGAAUGACCGUAGACAAAAGUGACCGCGGGGUACUCGCUACAAUUGCAAACAUUUCGAAAACCGAGGGCCUCAGCGCACUUUUUAGCGGUCUAAAGCCUGCACUUGUCUUAGUGAUCAACCCUAUAAUUCAAUACACAGUUUAUGAACAGCUGAAAAACCGGGUGCUUGAGUCUCGACAAAAGCGUGUUUUGUCACCGUCAUGGGCGUUUAUUCUUGGUGCUUUAGGAAAACUGGCUGCUACUAGUUCAACGUAUCCGUAUGUGACAAUGAAAGCGCGGAUGCACCUAUCGAAGAAUGAAGGAUCAUCGCCCGCCGAAAAUUCCAAAUCGCUUCUAUCUUUGAUGGGCGAAAUAAUCAAAAGAGACGGUAUCCUUGGCUUAUACGGUGGAAUUGGGGUCAAACUUAUUCAAAGCAUUCUCACAGCAGCAUUUUUGUUCUUUUUCAAGGAGGGAUUGGUUAUCUGGAGCAUAAAACUACUACGGUUACUACGUGCAUUUAGCAGAAAACGCAAACUGUUGACAACCGCAAGAGCUCAGGGUUAA